GUCACGAACCGUUACAUACUCAUCUUUAAAGUUUAUGAACCCAGUGUACACUCCUGGCAAGUUCCAUCCAGUGUUACGUGUUGGCUGUUCAUCCGUACUAGAGGCUACACGCAUUCCAGCAAGACUACGCCUUCUUACUGAAUGGAUUCCAUGAUGAUAACGUGUGUGGUCGCGUGUUCAAUCCUUGCUUGCCUCCAGACUGUGAUGGCAGCUGGAUGGCCUGCUGGAGUGAAGACGCCAUGGUUUUGUCACGACCUUGAAUGCCCGGUCUACACUGUGAAUGAAACGAAUGCCAACUUUGAGACACGACAAUAUGCACCUUCUGUAUGGGUAGCAACUCGUGUGUCAGUUGUUAAUUACACAAGAGACGCUAACAGAAAAAUGUUUUACACAUUGUUUCACUACAUUUCGGGAAAUAAUUCUCGGCACUUAAAAAUUCCGAUGACAGCUCCAGUGGUGAGACAAAUAGAUCCAUGCCAGGGAUCAAAUUGCAUGUCCAACUAUACAGAACAUUUCAUGAUGCCGUUUAACCUACAAUCCAAUCCUCCAGUGCCAACAGAAGCUGGAGUUUUUAUAAGGAGUCUGCCCGCAAUGACCGUAUAUGUCAGAUCAUACGGCGGCUAUGGUUCAGAAGAACUGACCCAACAAAACCGAAAAGCUCUGGUUCAAGACUUGCAAGCUGCAAACAAGCAAUUCAAUCAAGACCACUAUUAUACCGCCGGAUAUGACGGACCCUAUGCUUUUAUCAGACAUAAUGAAGUUUGGCUUGCCGCCAUUUAAAAACAUUAUUUUUUACAUUUCAAUAGUUUAGCAUCACUCUUAGACAGCUUUACAUCGAUCUUGUUAAAAAUGAGAAGUCACUUCCGGUGUUAGCAAUUGUAAAUAGGUACGGAAAAUGUCUGAUUCAGCCAGUUUUCAGCCGCAUUUAUAAACCAAAACUUAUUGAUAUUUAAUGUAUGUAUGUAGUAAUAUGUAGAAACGACCAUUAUUGUCCGUCUAACUACCUCGCUAUUGCUCAAAUAAUCUAUUUAGUUGAAAAUUCCAUUGUAUGAUUAUAUGAGUGACUGUGUUGUUUAUAUGUAGUAUUUAUUAUUUUUUGUACUGAGUAUUUGCUGUAUUAUGA